GCGGGGUGGCUGGGCCGGCGGCGGCGGCGGUACGAGGCGCGCGCUCGGGGUCCCGGUCGCGAGGAGGAGGAGGAUGUGGCGCGCGGAGGGGAAAUGGCUGCCGAAAACAAGCCGGAAGAGCGUUUCCCAAAGUGUAUUCUGCGGAACUAGCACCUACUGUGUUCUCAACACCGUGCCACCUCUAGAAGAUGAUCAUGGGAACAGCAAUAGUAGUCAUGUAAAAAUCUUUUUACCGAAAAAGCUGCUUGAAUGUCUGCCGAAAUGUUCAAGUUUACCCAAAGAGAGGCACCGAUGGAACACUAAUGAGGAAAUUGCAGCUUAUUUAAUAACGUUUGAGAAACACGAAGAAUGGCUAACCACCUCCCCUAAGACAAGACCCCAGAAUGGCUCCAUGAUCCUCUACAACAGGAAGAAAGUGAAAUACAGGAAAGAUGGGUAUUGCUGGAAAAAGAGGAAAGAUGGCAAAACGACCAGAGAGGACCACAUGAAACUGAAGGUCCAGGGAGUGGAGUGCUUGUACGGCUGCUAUGUCCAUUCCUCCAUCAUCCCCACCUUCCACCGGAGGUGCUACUGGCUCCUUCAGAACCCCGACAUCGUCCUGGUGCACUACCUGAACGUGCCGGCCAUCGAGGACUGCGGCAAGCCCUGCGGCCCCAUCCUCUGUUCCAUCAACACCGACAAGAAGGAGUGGGCGAAAUGGACAAAGGAGGAGCUCAUUGGGCAGCUGAAGCCCAUGUUCCACGGCAUCAAGUGGACGUGCAGCAAUGGGAACAGCAGCUCGGGCUUCUCGGUGGAGCAGCUUGUGCAGCAGAUCCUCGACAGCCACCAGACCAAGCCACCGCCACGGACUCACAACUGCCUCUGCACCGGCAGCCUGGGAGCGGGCAGCAGCGUGCACCACAAGUGUAACAGUGCCAAACACCGCAUCAUCUCGCCAAAGGUGGAGCCGCGGGCGGGGGGGUACGGGGGCCACGCGGAGGUGCAGCACAAUGACGUGUCGGAGGGCAAACAGGAGCACAGCCACCACGGCAAGGGCUCGAGUCGAGAGAAGAGGAACGGCAAGGUGGCCAAGCCCGUGCUGCUGCACCAGAACAGCACGGAGGUUUCCUCUACCAACCAGGUGGAGGUCCCCGACACCACCCAGAGCUCCCCCGUGUCCAUCAGCAGCGGGCUCAAUAGCGACCCGGACAUGGUGGACAGCCCCGUGGUCACGGGCGUGUCCAGCAUGGCGGUGGCGUCCGUGAUGGGGAGUUUGUCCCAGAGUGCCACGGUGUUCAUGUCCGAGGUCACCAACGAGGCCGUGUACACCAUGUCCCCCACCGCCGGCCCCAACCACCACCUCCUCUCGCCCGACGCCUCUCAGGGCCUCGUCCUGGCUGUGAGUUCCGACGGCCACAAGUUCGCCUUCCCCACCACGGGCAGCUCAGAGAGCCUGUCCAUGCUGCCCACCAACGUGUCCGAAGAGCUCGUCCUCUCCACCACCCUUGACGGGGGCCGGAAGAUUCCAGAAACCACCAUGAACUUUGACCCCGAUUGUUUCCUCAAUAACCCAAAGCAGGGCCAGACGUACGGGGGAGGAGGCCUGAAAGCCGAGAUGGUCAGCACCAAUGUCCGGCACUCGCCACCGGUGGAGAGGGGCUUCGGCUUUACCACCGUCCUGACCAAGGAGAUCAAGACCGAGGACACCUCCUUUGAGCAGCAGAUGGCCAAAGAUGCCUACUCCUCGUCUGCGGCGGCUGCAGCAUCCAGCUCCCUCACCCUGACCGCCGGCUCCAGCCUCCUGCCGUCGGGCGGCGGCCUGAGCCCCAGCACCACGCUGGAGCAAAUGGACUUCAGUGCAAUAGACUCCAACAAGGACUACACGUCCAGCUUCAGCCAGACGGGCCACAGCCCCCAUGUCCACCAGACCCCUUCCCCAAGCUUCUUCCUGCAGGACGCCAGCAAGCCCCUCCCCAUUGAGCAGAACGCCCACAGCAGCUUGAGUGACUCUGGGGGCACCUUUGUGAUGCCCACGGUGAAAACAGAGGCCUCAUCACAGACCAGCUCUUGCAGCGGCCACGUGGAGACGCGGAUCGAGUCCACAUCCUCCCUCCACCUCAUGCAGUUUCAGGCCAAUUUCCAGGCCAUGGCAACGGAAGGGGAGGUCACCAUGGAGACCUCGCAGGUGGCCGAAGGGGGUGAAGGCCUGAUCAAGUCCGGGGAGCUGCAGGCUUGUAGCUCUGAGCACUACCUGCAGCCAGAACCCACCGGGGUGAUCCGCAGUGCCGGGGGCGUCCCCCUCCUCCCGGGCAAUGUGGUGCAGGGGCUCUACCCCGUGGCCCAGCCCGGCCUGGGCAACGCCUCCAACAUGGAGCUCAGCCUGGACCACUUUGACAUCUCCUUCAGCAACCAGUUCUCCGACCUGAUCAAUGACUUCAUCUCCGUGGAGGGGGGCGGCGGCACCAUCUACGGGCACCAGCUGGUGUCAGGGGACGGCACAGCACUCUCACAGUCGGAGGAUGGGGCCCGUGCCCCCUUCACCCAGGCUGAGAUGUGCAUCCCUUGCUGUAGCCCCCAGCAGGGGAGCCUGCAGCUGAGCAGCGCCGAGGGCGGGGCCGGCACCAUGGCCUACAUGCACGUCGCUGAGGUGGUCUCGGCCGCCUCGGCCUCGGGCACCCUGGGGAUGCUACAGCAGAGCGGACGGGUGUUCAUGGUGACCGACUACUCCCCGGAGUGGUCUUACCCGGAGGGAGGAGUGAAGGUUCUCAUCACAGGCCCUUGGCAAGAAGCCAGCAAUAAUUACAGCUGCCUGUUCGACCAGAUCUCGGUGCCUGCGUCCUUGAUUCAGCCCGGCGUGCUGCGCUGCUACUGCCCAGCCCAUGACACUGGUCUUGUGACCCUACAAGUUGCCUUCAACAACCAGAUCAUCUCCAACUCGGUGGUGUUUGAGUACAAAGCUCGGGCCCUGCCCACACUCCCGUCCUCCCAGCACGACUGGCUGUCACUGGACGAUAACCAGUUCAGGAUGUCCAUCCUGGAGCGGCUGGAGCAGAUGGAGAGGAGGAUGGCUGAGAUGACCGGGUCCCAGCUGCACAAGCAGGGGAGCGGAGGAGGCAGCAGUGGAGGGGGCACAGGGAGCGGCGGCGGAGGGAGCCAAGCCCAGUGCACGUCUGGCCCUGGGACGCUGGGCAGCUGCUUUGAGAGCCGAGUAGUUGUCGUGUGUGAGAAGAUGAUGAGCCGAGCCUGCUGGGCAAAGUCCAAGCAUCUGAUCCACUCAAAGACUUUCCGUGGGAUGACCCUCCUCCACCUGGCCGCUGCCCAGGGUUAUGCCACCCUCAUCCAGACCCUCAUCAAGUGGCGCACAAAGCAUGCAGACAGCAUUGACUUGGAACUGGAGGUCGACCCCUUGAACGUGGACCACUUCUCCUGUACUCCUCUGAUGUGGGCGUGUGCUCUCGGGCACUUGGAAGCAGCUGUGGUGCUGUACAAGUGGGACCGCCGGGCCAUCUCUAUUCCAGACUCUCUAGGAAGGCUGCCUUUGGGAAUUGCCAGGUCACGAGGUCACGUGAAGUUAGCAGAGUGUCUGGAGCACCUGCAGAGGGAUGAGCAGGCUCAGCUAGGACAGAACCCCAGAAUCCACUGUCCUGCAGGCGACGAGCCCAGCACGGAAAGCUGGGUGAGCCAGUGGCACAGCGAGGCCAUCAACUCCCCAGAAAUACCCAAAGGAGUCACUGUCAUCGCAAGUACCAACCCAGUACAGGUGACUGGAAAUCCGAAGGGGACCAGUGUAGGCAAGGAUGCUGCACCUUCACAGGUGCGUCCACGGGAACCAAUGAGUGUCUUGAUGAUGGCUAACAGAGAGGUGGUGAACAGCGAGCUGGGGUCCUACCGUGAUGGUACCGAGAGUGAGGAGUGCUCACAGCCCAUGGAUGACAUACAGGUGAACAUGAUGACCUUGGCAGAGCACAUCAUUGAAGCCACACCUGAGCGGAUCAAGCAGGAGAACUUUGUGCCCAUGGAGUCCCCGGCGUUGGAAAGGAUAGACGCGGCCACCAUUAGCAGUACCAUGAGCUGGCUGGCCGGUUACCUGGCUGACGUAGACCACCUGCCAAAUGCUGCCCAGAUCAGAAGUGCAUAUAAUGAGCCUCUCACCCCUUCUUCUAAUACCAGCCUGAGCCCUGUAGGCUCACCAGUCAGUGAAAUAACUUUUGAGAAGCCCAGCCUUCCCUCUGCAGCAGACUGGUCUGAGUUCCUGAGUGCGUCCACCAGUGAGAAGGUGGAGAAUGAAUUUGCACAGCUGACCCUAUCUGAUCACGAACAGAGAGAACUCUAUGAAGCGGCCAGGCUUGUCCAGACAGCUUUCCGGAAAUACAAGGGCCGACCCUUACGGGAGCAGCAGGAAGUGGCGGCAGCUGUUAUUCAGCGUUGUUACAGAAAAUAUAAACAGCUGACAUGGAUAGCCUUGAAGUACGCACUUUACAAAAAGAUGACCCAGGCUGCCAUCUUGAUCCAGAGCAAAUUCCGGAGUUACUACGAACAAAAAAAAUUCCAGCAGAGCCGGCGCGCCGCUGUGCUGAUCCAGAAGUUCUACCGGAGUUAUAAGAAGUGUGGCAAGAGACGGCAGGCACGCCGGACAGCAGUCAUCGUACAACAGAAGCUCAGGAGCAGUUUGCUAACCAAAAAGCAGGACCAGGCUGCUCGGAAAAUAAUGAGGUUUCUACGCCGUUGUCGCCACAGAGUGAAAGAAUUGAAAAAGGCCAAGGAACUUGAAGACAUACAACAGCAUCCCUUAGCAAUGUGACACUGCUUUUCAGACUGUUUUCAUUUCUGUUUUUAGCAGAGACAUGCAACAACACACACACGCGCGCACACACACACACACACACAUACACACACAUAA